ACACUCCGUGAACUAUAUAUAAGAUCACCUGCUUCAACUUUCAACUCAUUUCCUCCCUCUUUCUUCCCACUCUUUCUCUCUCACCCUACUUUUCUCUGUUUUCCUAUGUAUUGGGUUUCUACUAGUUAGGACUGACUCUUUUCCCGCCAAAGGUGUGAAAGACCCAAUACUCUUUGCACCCAGACACACUUCCAUAUGUAGAAGAGGUAUAGCCAGUGUGCAGAGUGUGAUUGUCUGGUUCUUUCACUAAUACUUCAAAACCUUUUGUUUGCCUCUUUUUGUCCGCCUGUCCUGAUCUCUCGUUCCUUUCCCCAGUUCUUCUUUUCUUCAACAUCUUCCUUUUCUUUUUCCUAUAAAUACCACGCGGAUUCUUUUACUCUCCUCGAGAUUAUUGUAUGUUCGAAACAUCACAGGAUCUUCAUCCCUAGCUUCUUAUAUCUUGAAAAGCUGUUCUUGCUCCCAUGCAGUAGCAGUUUUGUUGCUUUUACGUGCUUUUCUACUCAUGUCCUGACCAAAGCUCGUCUCCUACCCUUGGAUCUGCUCCCUCCCACCAUCAACCCAUGGUGUCCAUACAGUCCACUCUCAAGCUCUCUUCUCGGGUCUUCACCACCAACAAGCUCCUCCAUGAUCCCCCGGCGGAUGCCAAAGUCCGUCGGAGACGUGUCCAGAUCAUACUUACCGACGCCGACGCCACCGAUUCUUCCAGCGAGGAUGAAGAGGAAAGACAUGGUUUUCUACGAAGAGUUAAGAGGCAAGUUCAAGUUAUCACCUUUGAUUCAUCUUCAACCCCAGACCCACAUCCACCUCGAUCUCCGACGCCACUUCCGGCUCCUACUACGUUACCUAAGCAAAAGUCACCUAGAAGGAGACCAUCGAGAGUGACGAAAUCUGACGUCAGUCGCGGGCAAAAAUUCAGGGGUGUUCGGCAGAGACCUUGGGGGAAGUGGGCCGCAGAGAUCCGGGACCCAGCCCAGAGAAAACGUAUCUGGCUGGGAACCUUCAACACCGCCGAGGAAGCGGCCGCCGUGUAUGACGAAGCUGCAUUGAAGUUUAAGGGUUCAGACGCCGUUACCAACUUUCCCAACCCGAGUGUAACGGAGUUGACGGCUGUGGACAGUCAAAAAGACGGAUUUGACUCGUCAAGCACAGCCACGUCAUCUCCGACAUCAGUUCUCCGUUACGAGGAGAUAACACCGUUUGAUGGCCUCAAUUACUGCGACGUUGAUACCUUCGGCUUCGGAAUCGACGCCGCGUUAAGCGUGCCGGAUUUCAUGUUUUCGGGAAAAAGCUUUGCCGAGGAAGAGUUCGGGGAGCUUGACGUUGACGAUUUUCUGGUCGACGCCGUUGCCUAACGACGAACGUUAUUUUAGUACCAGUAAUCCGAAGAUAUUUAUGUGGGUGCUGACGGCAAUCUCCGUUAGCAACCCGGGCAGUGAGGUGGUUACGUGGCAUUAUACUAUUUGUUAUAACUACAGUUUUUGAAGGGGGGCUUCCGGUGACUCCGAUUAUGCAAUACCAAAAAUACCCCUCUACAUAUUUUAUUGUGUGGUCAAAGUGAAAGUAGGCCCCUUAAAUUUACGGGAGUGUAAUUAUCUAUGGAAAGAGUUAAAUGUAGGACGAUUUUGUCUGUUGCGAAGAGAGAUUAACGUUGUGGAGUAGUUAAUUAUUUAUAAUUUUGGUGGUUUUGUAAUUAUAUUAUUAAUAAUGUAUGGUUGAAAAGUGAAUACGACGUAUUUUUAGAACAAAA